UUUUCCUUAAAUCCUAAAGUCCUCAAUAAUUCUUUCUUUGUGGAAACACAUGCACCAUGCACCAAGCUGCUGAUAAGAUAUCAACUAAUAUCGUCUUUUUCUCAAAAGGUUUCAAGUAUUUAAGUUGUAUUCACCUAGCAACUUACAUAAUCCUUGUCCUAAAUUUGAACACAUAAACUUCAAUGGGAACUUUUAUGGGUCAUCUGCUGCCAGGGCUGGCCCUUACCUUCCUCGGUCUCUGGCACACCAUAAACACUACCAAAGCCUUCUUCCUUAACGGGCCACACAAAUUCACAAUAAGAUUUUCGUACAAAUUAAAAUCUCCACUAUUGAAACUACAUCACCUUGAACCCAUACUCAUCCUGUCAUUUUCCGUAUUCGCAAUCUUGGCCCAAAUAAUCGACAGCAAAAGCCUCCGCUUCGCAGUCGAACUCGACAGCAUCGAGCACGCCACCAUUUUCCUCCAGCUUAUUGUAUUCACGAUCUUCACUCUUUUCACCGAGUCGACUCAGUUAUCAGAGAGCAUGCUAGAAGUUUCUGGACUCCUUGUUGCCUCAGUUUUUGGGCAGGAGCUUUUCUUGCUUCAUUAUCACUCGACUGAUCACAUAGGGCUUGAAGGCCAUUACCACUGGCUGAUGCAAAUCAUAGAUGCUGGUUUGCGAACAUGGGUUUUGUUCUUUGGGUUCCCAGCUUUGUCCCACAUGGAUGCUUUGAUCGGCCGAUGAUGGAUCACAAAAACGGGAUCAUAGGUGGAGCCGUUGCGUGUGGGUCCCAGGAAGCUGACUUGCGGGCCCGGGCUUUGGCCAAUCUGCAAUUUUGUUGGAUACUGUCAUUGAUUUUGAUAUUCGUGACAUGUUUAUGCAUAGUUUUUGGCAGACAGUUUAUGUUAAGGAGGAAGUUAAGUGAGUAUGAGCAGUUUUCAAGUCCAGGGUUUAGUCAAAUUCAACUGUAAAGGUUUGCUGUUUUAACGGGACUAUUUGGACCGGGGGUCAGGAGGGUAUGUGUGUUUGCUGUAAAAAAGUUGUAGGAUUUACUGGAACAAAGUUAUGAGUUAUAGGGCUGUGGAGUGUGGAGAAACUUUGCAUUUAUGAAGUUAUGCACGAGUCAUGAACUCAUGACCAUAUCAUUUAUUGGUGUGUGGUUUAAUCAGUGUGGAGCUUGGUUCGUAGUAUUAUUGGUUUUUCAUCAGAUCAGAAGGGUCCUUUUGAGUUAGGCUGGUGAAAGUGCUUGUCACUAUAUUUAGAGUUGAAUAAAUAUGUACUGGUACAACACCCGUGUGCUACACGGGUAUUGGAUUAAAAAAUA